AUGUCAAGUCAGUCUGGAUUUUCAAACUCUGUUUCUCUACCGGGAUAUCCGUUCUACCAGGUGUCAUGCAGCCAUAAUCAGCAGACCACAUCAUUUAGACAUCCUGUGACAGGACAGGUUUCUCCAGAAAACAUUGAAUUUAUUUUGCGAGAAGAGCAGAAUUCAUCUAUGUCCAAGCAACAAAUAAACCAAAGACCUUCAAGCAUGGUCAGUGAAACCUCCACUGCAGUAACUACAUCUGCUGUUGAUACAAAACCUGGCUCUAAGGUUGUCAAAUCUGGAAACAAAGUUCAUAGCUUUGGAAAGAGGGAGCAAGCUAUCAGGAGGAAUCCCAAUGUUCCUGUUAUAGUAAGAGGCUGGCUACACAAACAGGAUAGCUCUGGCAUGCGGUUGUGGAAAAGGCGAUGGUUUGUGCUGGCUGAUUAUUGUUUAUUUUACUACAAAGACAGCAGAGAAGAAUCUGUUCUGGGCAGCAUACCCUUGCCUAGCUACGUAAUAUCUCCGGUGGGACCUGAGGAUCGCAUCAAUCGCAAAUUUUCUUUUAAGGCUGUUCAUACAGGUAUGAGGGCAUAUAUUUAUAAUAGGAAUUCUGUUAUUGGCUCUCAGGCAGAGCAUUCAGGGAUGCGGACGUACUACUUCAGUGCAGACACCCAGGAGGACAUGAAUGGCUGGAUCAGGGCUAUGAAUCAAGCUGCUCUCAUGCAAACACGCUCUUCACUGAAGAGAGAAACUGAAAAAGUGGAUCAGCAUGCUGUUCCCCAAGUCAAUCAUGUGGACGCCUGUAAAGAGUAUGUGAAGGCUGAGGUUGCAGAUACAAAAGAAAGCUUUCAAAAAUCAGCUGAAAUGCUUGGAUAUGAUAAGCAUGAAGAGAUAAGAAGAGAAAAAGAGGAGGAGGAGCGUUAUAUCCACAGAAAAGAAACUCUGGCAACUAAGAAGGGAAAGGCUAAGCAUGCGUUAAGAGAAGCUGAUUCAUUAUUUCCAGACUUAACGAAUGCAUCACGGCCCCAAGCAGCUCAGCCUCAGCCAGCUGAGAAGAAUGGAACACUUCCUAGUUCAUUAAGUAUCAACGCUGGCCUAGUGGAGCAGAAUGGUACCAGCUCAUAUAAAAGAGGGCUUGUUCCCAGAACGAAUCCAGAUAAACAGAUGCAAAGAAAAAGUAACAUGGCUCAAGUGGAGCACUGGGUAAAAGUCCAAAAAGGAGAUACAAAAAGCCUCACUUCUGAUCAGACUCUUACACGUCAGGGUCCCAAUCCACCUUUUCCUGAAAACUAUCACACUUUGCCAAAGAAUACCAGGCAGCCUUCAGGGAGCUCACCACCACCAAACCGCAAUUUGCCGAGUGACUACAAAUAUGCACAAGAUCGUGUUAGCCACUUGAAGAUGUCCCAGGAGGAAAGGAAAGCAAAUAAGGAUGGAACUGUUUGGCAGCUAUAUGAGUGGCAGCAGAGGCAGCAAUUUAAACAUGGCAGCCCCACUGCCCCACUUUAUGUAAGUUCUUCAGACUUUAUUGAUCGUGGAAAGUCAAAAAGUUCGUUAGAUGUUCCACGAUCGAUAUCUGUUCCACCCUCUCCAUCUGAUAUUCCUCCACCUGGACCUCCAAAAAGCUUUCUCCCAAGGAGACCACAUACUCCUGCAGAAAGGCUAACAGUUAAACCAUCUGAUGAGAGACAGACUGUAGACGUUCCUUUCACUGGAUCACCCAGGAAGAUCCGAAAUCAUGCUGUAAAGAGCUCAACUCACAUUGAUCGACGCUCUAUGCCUGCCAUGGGCUACAUGACACAUACUGUGAGCGCACCCAGUUUGCAUGGCAAGUCGGCGGAUGACACUUAUAUCCAGUUGAAAAAGGAUUUGGAGUAUUUGGAUCUAAAGGUGACGGGACGUGACACAUUAAAAGAACGAAGCACAAAACCUGUCAAGAUUGCUGAAAGUGAUAUUGAUGUCAAGCUAAGUGUUUUCUGUGAGCAGGACAGAAUUCUGCAGGACUUGGAGGACAAAAUAAGAGCCCUUAAGGAAAAUAAAGAUCAGCUGGAGUCUGUUUUGGAGGUUUUACACAGGCAGAUGGAACAGUACAAAGACCAACCACAACAUGCAGAAAAGAUUUCUUACCAGCAGAGACUUCUGCAAGAGGAUCUCAUACGUAUUAGGGCUGAAAUAUCCAAAGUGUCAACGGAAAUGGAAAAUGCCUGGAAUGAGUAUUUGAAAUUAGAAAAGGAUGUGAGCCAGUUGAAAAAAGCCUUACAGGAACAGAUGAAUAGUUCAUUGGUAUCUCAGGAGAAAACACAAAUACAAAAAGACUUGUGGAGAAUUGAAGAUGUUACAGCUGGCUUGAGUGCAAAUAAAACAAACUACAAAACCAUAGUAGACUCUAUUAAGAAUCCAGAGAGAAAAACAGUGCCUUCAUUUUCUCAGUCUUCAGUGCCUUCCUUACCAGCUUCCCUUGCAGCUGUGGAGAGCAAACUUUCAGUCCCUCAGAGCCCUCCGUCCAGUCCGGUUAAAUCCUCUCUGGAGGUUCGGCUGUAUCCACAGCCUUAUUUCCAGGCCAGAACACAGCACCAAGCACAGCAGCUGAAAAAAAUUGAGCCACCUCUUCAGUCACCAAUUAAGCUAAAGCCAAAGGUUGAAGAUGAAGCACCGCCCAGACCUCCUCUCCCUCAGUUGUACAGUCCUGAUGAUCAACCACCAGCUGUUCCACCCCUCCCAAGGGAAGCCACUGUCAUCAGACACACAUCAGUGCGGGGCCUGAAACGUCAAUCAGAUGAAAGAAAGAGAGACAGAGAACUCGGACAGUAUGUAAAUGGAGAUUACAGGGUGGAGCUGCGUUCAUACAUGAGUGAGCCAGAACUAGCAAUGAUAGGUGGUGACCUCAGCCAACCUUCCAGUGGUAUAAUAAGCUCUGACAGUGGCUACCAGACAUUACCCACCCGAGGUUUAUCUGGAUCAACUUCUAGAUUACACCAAUCAUCUACCAUUUUGUCAUAUGCAACACUUCGAAGGGAUAGGUCCAAGGAGAGACCAAAGAGUGCCUUGGAACGUUUAUACUCUGGAGACCACCAAAGAGGCAAGAUGAGUGCAGAGGAGCAACUCGAAAGAAUGAAGCGACAUCAGAAGGCGCUCGUUCGUGAACGCAAGAGAACUCUUAGCCAAGGAGAAAGGCAGUCUGUUUCAUCUCGGUCUUUCAUCAGGCCCAUUUCUGCAGACAUAGGCUCAGUAUGUUAG